UUUUAUAGUAUUAAUUAAAAUUAACAGUGCAAUAUAAUUAAUUUAAUUAAGGUGAUUAAAUAAUUUCUACUGUGAUUAUGAUAGUUGUAUUUUUAUAUCAAUAUCUGCUGAUACGUAUAGGUAAGAAAAGAAAAUUAUCUCUUAUAAAAAAAGGCAAAGAAAUUCAAAUUUUUAAAAUGAAAACUUUCCUGAAUAUUCUAUAAUAUUUAUGAUCAAAUCCCUGGAAUUACCUUAAAGGUAGUGAAAAUUAAUCAUUUUUAAUUAGAUAUUUAUAGUAAUUAAUAAGAUCCAAAAAUAAGAUACUGUUAUUCCAAUUUGUAACAUGAAUAAUAAUAUGGUUUUAACAAAAUUAAACUGAAUUAAACCCCUCAUGCUCAAGAGAUUAUAUGUAGAUUAGCAAGCAUAAACUAAUUAACAAACAUAAUACAACUUAAUAUUUGAGAUAAUAAUAUAAUUCUUAAUUUGCAACUAGUCUCAUCUUAGAAUAUGCUACAAACUAUCAUAUUAUCGAUAAAUACGUAACUAUUCGUCCCGAGAAAAUGAUUCUACUUUUGUUCGUGAACUAACGAUAUUGUAACACAAAACGAAAAAUUCGCGAUAUAUCGUUACUUUAUCGAUAAAAUCUAAUCGUCCCUACUUUUUCGUGUUAAUCAACGAUACAUGGUAAGCAAUUCAUUUUUAAAAAAAGGAAAAUCCGAAAACGUAAUUUGAAAUGCCAUUGCGUAAACACCUGUCGACGAAAGAGAAUCGAAUGUCAUAAAUAUUUAAACCCUCAUUUAAUUAGUCGAAAUCCGAUAAAAAUGAAUGUUGUCAUCCAAUUAAAAACCGAGAUUAAGGUAAGUACAUUAUAACAAAAUCCUAAGUAUGGAGUAACAAAGCACAAAAUGAAUUGUCAUCCAACGGGCAAACAUUAAAUUAAAAAGUUUAAAAUUUUAAAUCACAUUAAUUGCAACACAACUAAGACAACGCUAAGCAAAAUUUAAAACUAAUCCAAAAUUAAUUUCAUAAUCCCACCAAACGUCUAUAUAAACCACACACCCCAUAAUGCAAGAAUUAUCAAAAUAACCAAAACAAAAAAAAAAGAAAGAAGAAAAAAUUGGAAAAAAAUUAAAAUGACAAGAAAGAAGGUAACCCUAGCUUACAUUACGAACGACUCCGAAAGGAAGGCUUCGUUCAAGAAAAGGAAGAAGGGUUUGAUCAAGAAGGUGAGCGAGCUGAGCACGCUAUGCGGUGUGGAGGCGUGCGCGAUAAUCUAUAGCCCGUACGACCCGAGGCCGGAGGUGUGGCCGUCUCAGGAGGGGGCGAUGGCGGUGCUAGCGAGGUUCAGGCGCCUCUCGGAGAUGGACCAAUGCCGGAAGAUGGUGAACCAGGAGAGCUUCACCAGGCAGAGGGUGAAGAAGGCGGAGGACCAGUGCAUCCGCGUCCGCAAGGACAACAAGCGCCGCGAGAUGGAGAACUUCCUGUACCAGUGGCUCGCCGGGAUGGUUAGCCUCGACGACUUUGACGCCCGCGACAGGGGGGAGAUGACCUGGAUCCUGAACCAGAUCCUCCGGGACCUGACCUCCAGGAUGGCGGGGAUCAGGAAUCCCGGGGGAAACCUCCUUCUCCAGGGCUCCGGGUCCGGUUCUGGUUCUGGUUCCGAAGCCCUGGAGGCGGAGGAUGCUGAUGAGGUUGGUGCCAUUGUUCCUGUUAAUCCGAUGGUUGUGGAAAUGGCGCCUCUGCCUCCUCCGUCUACUCCACUUGCGGCGCCGGCUCCUCCAAUGGAUGCUCUUCCGGCGCUGCCUCAGGCGGCGGAAGUGGUGGAGCAGCUGCCGGCGCUGAUGGGGGCAGAUUACUUAAUGGAGAGUUUCCCCUGGAACCUGAUAGAGAGCCCGAGCCGGGCGGCGAUUGGGACCGGGCUGUUUUACAGCUGGGACGACGGGAUGGUGCUGCCGCCGUAUAAUCCGUACAACUUCAACCAGGAUGCUAAUAAUUUCGCCCCGUUCGGACUAGAACCUGGAACUGGCCCUGAUGCCCUCAAUUAA